AUGGAUCAUAAGUUGGAAAUUGGCCACGAGGAGGACAUUCCUCCCUCUGGGGAUUCUAUCCAACAGAACAUAGGCUUUGAUAAAGACCCUGUGCAACACGAUCCUCAAGGUUUUCCUGUUAUUCCACAACCUUCAUCCCAUAAAGAUGAUCCAUUGAAUUGGAGUCCUGCACUUAAAUUGAGUGUCUGUCUCCAGAUUAGUUGGCUUGCUCUACUAGAGCCAUUGGCAUCAGCUGUCGUGAAUCCAACUUUCCUUCUGAUGGGAGAAAAUUUUGAUCUUAGCGUCAAAGACGUUAGCUACGUCUGGCUUGUUUCUGCGGGUAUCGGGCCAUUGAUUGUAAUUCCUUUUGCCAAUGUAUACGGUCGUCGACCUGUGUACCUGCUGGGUAAUCUUCUGGCCGUAAUCACUACUAUUACCGCAGGCUAUUGCAAUACAUGGGCAGGAAUAAUGGUCACGCGCGCUUUUAAUGGUUUUGGUUCCGGUUCUGUGAUAUCAAUGGGCGCAGCAACAAUCUGUGAUCUAUACUUCGUCCAUCAACGCGGCGUUUACCUCGGAAUAUAUACUUUUGCACUAACCAGUGGGGCACACGUUGCUCCCCUUUUGGGAGGCUUUAUCGGACAGUCCCUUGGGUGGCGAGCAUGUUUCUACAUCCCGGGCUACAUACAACUAGCAACAUUUGUGUUAACCAUAUUUUGCCUACCUGAAACACUUUACACCACGAAGUAUCCAUCUGACUCGGGUCAUUACGAGGAGCAAAGCUAUAUGCAAAAUAUCAUGUUUAGACGGAGUAAAGUUCCGGGAGGUCGACCGAAGAUACGAGACUUUACUCGCCCGUUUGAAAUGCUGAAAUUUGUGGCAAUUUCCCUCACGGGAACCUUCUAUAUGGUGUGCUUUGGAUAUGGUGGUGUUAUUUUUGCCCUUACAGGAGCCAGCCUCUUCAACAAGCUUUAUGGAUUCAACACUGCUGAAACAGGACUUAUUCUGAGUUUACCCCUAUUAAUCGGAGGAGGACUUGGCGAGCUUAGCGGAGGAUGGGUAACGGACUGGCUUUCGAAUCAUCAUGCGAAGAGACACAACGGCGAGCGUCUCCCUGAAGCUAGACUGACUGCUAUCUGGGGCGCCUUGUUGAUUCCUAUUGGACUUACCAUUGAGGGAAUAUGCCUUUCACAUGCAAAAACCACCAGCUGGGUCGGCAGUGCUUUUGGGAUUGUUACCGACCCCAAAGUGCAGAAGUAUCGACAAUUCUGA